UAGGAGUAGAAAGUCUGGCCGGAAAGAACAGCAAUAUGACACCACAUCCCCGCCAGUGUUCCAGCACCGCCGCCGCCGUCAGCAGUUCGCUCCGCUACCACCAUCAGUAGUUCCGGACGAGACAAGCAGUAGGGUAGAACAAGAGAAAUGGUCAUGAAGGUCUUCAUUUGGACGUGCGUGGUGGGGGCGUGCCUGGCGUGGCCCCGAGCCCAGCAGGACCCCUACGACCCCCUGUACCAGGACCCGCCCCAGUACUACCAGGAUGAGCCAAGGUACCCGAUUCCGGCGCCUAAGGCAGACCAGUACCGCCCCCAGCCGCCCAAGUACCAGAAAUACCCCGACGACGAGGUGGACGAGGACUACGAGGAGCACGGCAACACUAUCCCAGGUGAGCCCGGCAAGGACUACCCAAUAUUCGCCAUCGUCCCCAGCACCAGCUUCUCCUGCAGCGAAAAACUGCCUGGCUUCUACGCUGACGGGGAGGCGCAGUGCCAGGUGUGGCACUACUGCAAGACUGACGGCCUGAAGGAGUCUUUCCUCUGCCCCAACGGGACCAUCUACAACCAGGACAACCGUGUGUGCGAGUGGUGGUUCAACGUGAGCUGUGACAUGGAUCGCCUCAGCCAGCAAGCCAGGGUGAACGAGGACCUCUACAUCGUGCCCUCACCUAAGCCCGACCAGCCCUACGGCCCUAACCAAGCCUACCCCGCCGAGGACCAGUACCAACAGCCCCCACCCCGACCCUCGUACCAGCGGGAAUACGAUCAGGGAGAUUUUUAGCGGUGAUUGACUUAAAAUGGGUUACGUAACAUCAAUGUGCUCUUUAUUUAUAGAUGUCUCUCCUUACCUGUUCCUCCUAGCUUGUUCGCUGAAGGAGGAUGGUUCAUUACGGUCUGUCGUCUACUAAUUGCUUCACACGGCGGUUUGAUAUAUUUUUUUUUCUCGUGUAUUUAAUGUAUUUUGAAUUCUGCCGCAUGAAGCAAGAGGGUAGACAAGACCUAUUCUCCAUCUGUUCUUCCUCAUCCACUCUGUUCGCCUUUGCAAACUGUUGUCCUCUCACUCAUCCACCGCAGAGUAACAAGUAUGCGUAAGUUAAUGAAUGAUAUUUGUUAUGUAAAAUUUUUAAUCGUA